GCGCUCGCGAUUGCACAGCACUCAGUCGCUCGCUCGCUCGGCGUUAAGUUAGUGCCAAAAGUCGAACCGCUCGCGUGCUGAAAACCCAUCCCCUCUACGCGCUCGCGUUCGCUGGACCCUAUCUACGAGAUCGCGUCUGCUUUGGUAGAAGAUGAAGAUAAUUGACCAAUGGAUGUGGGAUUCACACUGUCAUGACGUCGGAGCAACUCAGAUACCACCUUCUCGAAAGUCUUCUGCAUAAAAUAGAAAUGGGAUUCAGCGCGACUCCACUAAAUUUGGAUUACCUGGAGUUCCUUUGUCAUCAGGAGCUGUAUCUUCUGCAGGCCCUGUCUAAUCACAUUGAAGUACCUCCUGCUAUCACCCUGGCUUUGCAAGAGCUCUUUGACCUUGUGAGGGCACAUCUGGAACGUCCAGCCCCAUGUGUCACACAAGAAGUCACUGCCGCCAAAGGACGACCCAAGAUUUUGAUUGAAGAACAACGUUUGAAAGAAAUGCUCCAUACACAACUUCCUGUGCCUUGCAUAGCCACACUGAUGGGUGUUUCAAGAAGAACAAUCUUAAGAAGAAUGAAAGAGUAUGAGCUCUGUGUUAGGGAUACAUAUAAUUCCAUCAGUGAUGAGGAACUUGACAAUUUGGUUUCUUCUGUCAAGAAUGAUCUACCAAAUGCAGGCUACAAGAUGGUCAGAGGGAGGCUGCAGUCAAUGGGCUACAGGGUUCGGUGGAGAAGAGUUGCAGCCUACAUGCAUAGGGUUGAUUCCAUGGGCAUCAUAUCAAGGUUGUCAAGUCUUGGCUGUGCUGUACGCAGAAUGUACUCUGUACCAGGGCCCUUGUCUCUGGUACACGUGGACACAAACCACAAGUUGAUCCGGGACUGCAUUUGGAAAGUAGCCACUUGACUAAAAUUGGCACAUUUUCAGAAAUGCCAGCAACAAUACUGAUAAUGAACACCCCUCUAACUGACUCUCAGUUGGUUUAGAAAAAAGACUUUUUAGAGAAAAGAAAGCCUUCCUUUGGUUUAGCAUUUUUCUAUUUUUUGUUAGCUGUGCACAACAUAUCAGAAGAAUACAUUACAAUUAAAUUAGUUAAGAAAUAACAGAUUGCGUAUAUACAAUAUUAAGGUGAUAACAACAACUCUCACUGUCUCUAGGUGCUGCUUCAGACAGGGCAUUCUGCAGCAGGGACACCACCCGUCGUGCAGCAUCCUGCAAAUCUCCCUAUCACAACAGCCCAGAUAACAGAAUAACAUUAGUGUAUGAUUCAGUAGGGCUAGUCCAGGUCUGGAAAGUAGUUGGGCCAGAUUUUCAAACCAAGAAAUUUAGCUGAGCCAGACAUUUUCAGCGGCCCAGUAAGCAGCAGGUAAUGGCAUUUUAAACAAACACAAAUCAAGGUACAUUAUUUUAAAAAGCUACAACUGAACAGAGUCUGAGAGCAAUAUUUUUUUUCCACUUCUGAAAUAAGAAAAAUAUUUUGGUCGUAUCUCACCUAGACGCAUCUCAAAGUGCAUAAAAAGAAAAAAAAUGCCUAUUAGAUGGUAAAAUGCCAGACAUAAAGAAAAAGGGAAAAAUCGGCUAUAAUCAUCAUCUGCUUAUCAUCAUCCGGGCUCACCUGGAGCUGCUCCCGGUGGUGCAGCUAUGACUCAUGGGUAACAUGCCGGAAUAGGACGGCACCUGUAGGCUGGACCAGUUGUCAUGGGACGGCAACAUGGACAGACAGGUAGACGAGCUGUCUGACUAAGCGGCUGCAAGUAUAAAACAAUAAAUGAAGCAGGUAUGUGGUGGGCAGUGUUACAGCGUCCUUAAUAUGGUCAAUACAGAAAAGGCAUGUCAUCAUGUUAUGUAUAUACUGCCUCCAGUUACUUAAUGCCUAACUUCAAUACAUUGAUUGAUUUGUUCACUGUUGUAGCCUGUGUCAACUUUCCUUUCAGACAGAUGUAAAGUCCUUUCUGUUUUUGUUCUGUGGAGUUUUUUUUUGAACAGCAUAUGGCUGAAUGUUAUGAAA